AAAUUAUGCGUUUCGCACGCACACCACGCACACCUCACCAUUUCACAGACGCACAGCACAAACCAGCCGCUCCGCUUGAGAGCCAGGGACGUGUCUGUAGUGCGUGUGUGCUCGUGUCAGUCCGUUUUGCGUGUCUAGUAUCUCUGAUCGUAUGUUCCUGUAUCGUCCAUCCUGUUAACUCUUUGUGCCACCAUCGCCUCGGCACCUCACCGGUGUCAUUGCUACAGUAUUGUCCGCGUCCCAGACGUGUUCGUUGCUCUCCCUUCGUAGCGUCGAGCUACACGCUCCAGUGUCGGCAUGGUCGUCCAUUCAAACUCUUUCUUCAAGACACUGGGGCCGUCCCUGCUCGGCAUGAACGAGUACCUGUCGUACGUGGGAGGCGUGCACGGAGUGGUGGCAGCGGCGGGCGCGGCGGCAGCCCUGGGUCUUACCUACAUGUUCGGCCGAUCGGCGACCCCCAUCGAGCCCCUUGUCAGCCUGGACAACCAGAGCAGGCUCGUGUCGGGUCUUGAAAGAAUUAGGACGUCUCGUCUGUGCCACGAUGGAAAGCAUCUUGAGUACCUCUAUGAAGACUGCAGGACAUUGUUUGACGUCAUGUACAGAGGAGCUCGGGUCUCAAACAAUGGGCCAUGCAUGGGCUGGAGAGUCCCCGGCUCUGGCGAAUACAAGUGGAUUCACUAUAACCAGGUCCUCGAGAGGAUUAAGUGUAUCGCAUGUGGUCUUGUCAAGUUGGGAGAGAAGCCCGGCCAACAGACAUUCAUUGGCCUGUACACACAAAACUGCGUUGAGUGGAUUAUCACAGAACAGGCCUGCUACUACUUCUCCAUGAUCAUUGUGCCACUGUAUGACACUCUGGGAGCUCCUGCAUGUGCUUUCAUCAUGAACCAAGCUGACAUUGAGACAGUCGUCUGUGAUACUCAGGAGAAAGUUGAGUGCCUUCUAAAGCAAGCGUCACAAACACCCAAAUUGAAGCGCAUCGUCGUCAUCAAGGACGUUUCCGAGGACGUCAAGCAGAAGGCCCAAGAGGCAAACAUCAUGCUCAUGAAGUUCUCGGAACUCGAGGAGCUUGGAGAGAAGAACUUCAGGCAUCCUCUGCCUCCCCACACAUCUGAUUUGGCCACAGUGUGCUAUACAAGUGGUACCACCGGUAACCCUAAGGGUGUGAUGCUGACUCACCUCAACAUCAUCUCUGACCUCUCUGCUGUCAUGUACCAAUUGGGUGACCUUGCCCCUAAAGGUGAUGAUGUGAUGAUGUCCUUUCUUCCUCUGGCACAUAUGCUAGAACGAUGCUGCGAGAUGGCAAUCUACAUGAUUGGUGGCAGGGUGGGCUUCUUCAGUGGAGACAUCAAGGAGCUUGGGGAAGACAUGAAAGCACUAAGGCCCACAAUCAGUCCCACCGUUCCGCGUCUCCUGAACAGGAUCCACGACAAAGUGAUCUCUGCAUGCAGUGGCAGCUUGAUGAAGCGAACACUCCUGAACAUGGCCCUGAAGAGUAAAGCAGCAGAGCUUGAAAAUUGCAUCGUGAGGCAAAACAGCAUAUGGGAUUCGCUUGUCUUCAAGUCAGUUCACGAAAGCAUGGGAGGACGUCUUCGUCUGAUGGUGGUUGGGUCGGCGCCCCUGGCUCCCAACGUCAUCACCUUCGUCAGGUGUGCCUUGGGUGCCGUGAUCGUGGAGGGCUAUGGACAGACUGAAUGCACUGCUCCAUGCACUUUGACGUUCCCUGGUGACUACAAUGCUGGGCACGUGGGCCCUCCGAUUGCUGCCUGCAGUGUGAAGCUCGUUGAUGUGCCUGACAUGGAGUACUAUGCUAACAACAACGAGGGAGAGAUCUGCGUGAAGGGGCCAACGGUGUUCCAGGGCUACCUCAAGGACAACAAGAAGACUUCAGAGGUUCUGGACAAGGACGGCUGGCUCCACACGGGCGACAUCGGCAAGUGGCUUGACAAUGGUUGCUUGCGGGUGAUUGACAGGAAGAAGCACAUCUUCAAGCUCUCGCAGGGAGAGUACAUUGCUCCAGAGAAGCUGGAGAACAUCUUUAUACGUUCCCUGUUCGUAGCUCAGAUCUUCGUUCACGGCGAGAGUCUAAAAUCCUGCCUUGUAGCGGUGGUCAUACCCGACCAGGAAUAUCUGAUGCACUGGGCAAGGGAGAACUGCAUUUCUGGGACGUACAAGGAACUCUGCAGAAACAAUAUCGUCAAGAAAUCCAUCUUGGAUGACCUCAGCCGCCUGGGGAAGGUGUCGGGUCUGAAGUCUUUUGAGCUGCUCAAGGACAUCCAUGUGCACCACGAAGCCUUGAGCGUAGAGAACGGACUGCUGACCCCAACCCUGAAGACGAAGCGCCCAGAGUGCAGGAAGUACUUCCUCUCCCAGAUCGAGACCAUGUACAGGAGUUUAGCUUGAGGAGGACAUUAGUUCACACGCUUGCAGGCAAUACACUUUUCGGAGCACCCCCUACUUAGGAAAGUAAAGGCACCGUGAAAAAAAAAAGAAAGAGGGAGAGAGGAGGGGAGCACUCUUCUUCCUUUACUCUGGCUGACGGGCAUCAGUUUUGGAUGCUCAUGGACCAUUCCUUUCUGCGGCUAGGUUAAAAUUGUAGUCUUAGUGCCUGCGUGGGGUUUCUCUUUCUCUCUCUCCGUAGCUUUCUCUGGGUUAGGUUUAGCACAUCGUGCUUUGUGCGUAAGGAACAUCGACCAUGCUCAGGAAAUUGGAUUUUUUUUUGGUGAUGUGACCGUGCAUAGGAGAAGUGUUCUUUGACGCCUGGAGGACUGCAAUGUGUGCAGCAUAUUAUUUAUUUUCAGAUUCUCGUGUUUUUUUUUUUUUAGUUUUUUUUUGUUGUUGUUUGAGUUGAAGUCAUACAACAUUACAGGACUAUGUCUUUCAUGUUUAUUUUUUCUUUUUUUUUUGUUUCUAGUAUGGCAGGCUCAUAUCAUGUGAUGGGGAGUGCUAAAGUCAUGUAAGCAUAAUCUAGUCCUUUGAAAAAAAAAUAUUCCCGGUCUUGUGGGCUUAAGAAGUUUGCUUGACCUUUCAAAGGAUCAAAAUGCCUUGUGAAGGCAGUCCUUUUGCAUUGACUCAUUUCGCAUCCCCUAUUUUUGGUGCGGUAGUUCUCUCUGUGUACUUGCAACAUCCAAAAAUUUCGCUAAAUUAUUGGUGCAUUCUCUCGCACGAAACUUCCCCGUGAUACAGUUCUAUCCCACAUUCCAUGCCGAUAUUUGUAUGAAAUUGCUUCGUCUGCCUCUGAAACACAGUUAAACAUGGUAGUCUGAAGGUCUCAUAAGUACCAAAGAACUCGUAGCUUCAAUCCUUUACCUAAUUCAGAAGCUCUACAUUCCACUCUUUCCCCACUCUCUGCAGCUCACAUUAAUCACAAAACACAGCCUCUCUUGCAGCUGCUGUGCCUACAUGUGCUAGAUAAGCAUUUUCUCCAAUGUUGCACCAUGACAAAAAUGAGAGUUUAGCUAACAACACGAAAGGAAAACUAUUUAUAGCGCAUAAAAGUUGGCCUUUGGACAAUAAACACUGUGAUUUCCAAUUC